AUGUCUACCACCGCUGAGCUCGCCUGCUCCUACGCAGCCCUCAUCCUCGCCGAUGACGGCGUUGAGGUCACUGUGCGUACUCCCAUUUCCCGGUGUCGUCGGUUUCGCGACAUGGCACACGAAAAAAAAAAGCAGGGACUGACUAUCAUUUCACCCCAGGCCCUCGAGGGUAAGGACAUCAAGGAUCUCCUGACCAACGUCGGCUCCGGUGGCCCUGCUGCCCCGGCCGGUGCUGUCGCCGCCGCUGGUGGUGAGGCCGCUGCCGAGGAGAAGAAGGAGGAGAAGGAGGAGGAGAAGGAGGAGUCCGACGAGGACAUGGGCUUCGGUCUGUUCGACUAA